AUGCCUGAUAUAUAUCGCGCCGACCACGUGGGAAGCCUGCUCCGUCCGACUGAGGUCAAGGAGGCGAGGAGUGCCUACCAGGGCGGGCGGAUGGAAUUGAGCGAGGUGACUGCCGUCGAGGACCGGGCCAUACUCAGGGUGCUGGAGCGGCAGAAAGACGUCGGCAUGACCGUCUUUACCGACGGAGAAUUUCGCCGCACCGUUUUCCAGAAUGACCUGGUCGAAAGUGUCGAUGGCUUUGUGGAAACCAGCUCACCGGCAGUUGUCCGAAUCUGGCAGGGGCCGGGCGAGCAGCCAACGGAACCGGGAAUGCGGCAUGUCGUGGGCGCAAAACUGCGGCAGCCCGGCAUCACGGACCCGUUCUACUCCAGCCGCUCCGACCUGUUGUGGGAGAUUGCUGAAAUAAUCCGCUCGGAAAUCGCCGCACUGGCCGAAUCGGGGGUUCAGUACAUCCAGAUGGACGCCCCUCGGUACAGCUACUACGUCGACCCUCGCUGGCGGCAACAUCUGCGCGAUCUUGGCGAGGACCCGGACCAGAUGUUUGAAGAAGCCGUCGCCGCCGACAACCAUUGCCUGGAAGGGGCACAGAGAGAGGGGAUUGUCGUCGCCUUUCACGUUUGCAGGGGCAACAACCAGAGCAAAUGGUAUGCGGAGGGUGGAUACGAGGCCAUCGCAGAAUUGCUGUUUGGCUCACUGAAGGUGGACCGGUUUCUGCUGGAAUACGACACGGAGCGCUCAGGCACCUUCGAUCCGCUGAGAUUCACACCGUCGGACAAGGUGGUUGUCCUGGGGUUGAUCAGCAGCAAAGAGGCCGAAUUGGAAUCCUCCGACAAAUUGUUGAGGAGAAUUGAAGAGGCCAGCGCAUUUGUCCCGCUGGAAAGACUUGCCAUCAGCCCUCAAUGCGGCUUCGCGUCUACCGCGCCCGGCAAUCUGAUGACCGAGGAUCAGCAGUGGCGAAAGCUGGAAAUGGUGGCGGAGGUUGCCCGCCAGGUCUGGGGCAACUGA